AUGCAGACAGUAACGUCCGUUGUCGUCCAGGCGCUCUUGGUCGCUCUUGCACUAGCCGUUACGAUCUUACGAUGCUGGAUUCGCCUUCAUGUAGAGCAACGACUGUUGACGAUUGCCGAUUACCUCGUUUGGGGAGGAUGGAUUUGCGCACUGGGAUGGUUUGCUUGCUCCACCCAAGCGCUCUACAUCCUGGUCGAUCAUCCAUUGAACGAAGAGGCUAUAACGGAUUCUGUCGAUUACUUGAAGACAGUCUUUGUGUCUUGCUACUUCUUUGACACUGGACUAUACUUCCCUAAAGCGUCUCUCGUAGCUUUCUACUGGUGGUUGAUUCCUUGGGGAUUCAAGCAUCUGCGGAUAUCAGUAUACCUUACUGCUGCUAUCAUAGGCUGCGCUUGGAUCGCAAGUUUAUUGGCGGAUACCUUCAUCGCACCUUCGAUCUCUGACAACUGGUCGAUCGAGAACCAGCUCAAUUCAACAUGGAACUCUUACACAGAUCUGACAAUCAACUGGGCAUUGAAUAUCGGUACCGAUUUGAUGCUCUUCUGUCUCCCUUUCUCCAUCAUCAACUGCCUGAAGCUCCGUAGACGGCAGAAGAUUGGCUUGGUUGGAGUAUUCUCUCUAGGUGCCAUUACUAUGGCUAUCAGCCUUGCUCGAUUCAUCGUAUACAGCGUAGAUUACAACGUUUCCGAUGCUAUCGGUAAUGCAUGGUGCACAGCCGAAAUGUGCACAGCAGUUAUUGUCGUUUCGCUCCCAUCACUCAAACCCAUCAUCGUCCGGACAGCGCCUACGAACACGGCGAAUCGCAGCAACACCGGGUACUUACAACCCGGACCCGGAAAACCGGUUAGCAGUAGCAGAGAUGGCACCUACACGGCACACAUCCAAGGUGGCACUGUAGAUGAGGAGGAGAUGGAGUUGACCUUCCUUGACCGAAAGGCUAGUCUAACCCCCACUGGAACUACUGAUGAGACGAAAACGCAAGAUGGAAAAGAUAACGUGAUAGUGACGACGAAUGUUACGGUUACGAGAGAUGUGUUGUAG